ACGGUGUGCGGGCUCCACUAAAUGUUGUGAAUAUGUAAUUGCGCCCGCACGACUGGCUGCUGCUAAAUUUGGCGUCACAGACAAGGGCAGGCUGGUACAGUUGGUUGGUGAGGUGGUCUCUCGCUCGGAUGUGAAGCGUAGAAGGAGGUUGGAGGAGAUCUACUGAUUAAUACGCGACAACGGGGAGUAACCUGAGCUGCUUAGCUGUGGAUGAGCUGUGCCACGAUGCGCCAAAAGUUGAGGCUCCGUAGGGAAAAAAAGAGGAAAAUAGAAGAUUUCUGUUAGUUUGAAGGGAAUUUUUUUGAGUUUUAUGGACAGGGAAGGAGGAGAAUAAUUAUCUGCCUUGUUUUUGUUGUCAAAGGAUGCUUCUACGUUUUACAGGACCUGCUCUCAGCCCGCUCAGCGGCUACUGAUUGACCCUUUACGCACGGGAGAAAAAGCGCCUCACGCAUUUCUUUCUUUUGCUGUAUUUUUUUCUUCUUCUUCUUGUGGAUGAACUUUACGACGCCUUUUUAAUGAUUCGCGAUCUGAGCAAGAUGUACCCCCCGGCACGGCAUCCGGUGCCACACCAGCCGGGGCAGCCGUUCAAGUUCACCGUCACCGAGUCCUGUGACCGGAUCAAAGAGGAAUUUCAGUUCCUGCAAGCCCAAUAUCACAGUCUGAAACUGGAAUGUGAGAAACUGGCCAGUGAGAAAACUGAGAUGCAGCGACACUAUGUAAUGUAUUAUGAAAUGUCAUACGGACUUAACAUCGAGAUGCACAAGCAGGCGGAGAUCGUCAAGCGGCUGAAUGCAAUUUGUGCCCAAGUCAUUCCCUUCCUCUCUCAAGAGCACCAGCAGCAAGUGGUGCAGGCUGUGGAAAGAGCCAAACAGGUCACUAUGGCUGAACUCAACGCCAUCAUAGGACAGCAGCAGCUCCAGGCUCAGCACCUCUCCCAUGGCCAUGCCAUUCCAGUCCCACUCACCCCCCAUCCAGCAGGCCUGCAGCCCCCUCUGCCCCCCGGUGCCAGUACUGCCAGCCUGCUGGCUCUGUCAUCAGCUUUGAGUCACCAGCUGCCACUUAAGGAUGAGAGGAAACACCAUGAGAACAACAGUGAGCACACGAGAGACAGAGAUUCUGUUAAAAGUUCAUCCGUGUCUCCGUCAGCCAGUUUCCGGGCUGGAGAGAAACAUCGGAGUUCCAGCGAUUUUUCAUCCGAGAGCAAGAAGCAGAAGACAGAUGACAAGGAACUGACUUCCAGCCGCUAUGAAAGUGAUGGAGAAAAGAGUGACGACAACUUGGUUGUAGACGUCUCCAAUGAGGAUCCUACUUCUCCUAGAGGAAGUCCUGCCCACUCUCCUCGGGAGAACGGAUUGGACAAAAGUCGCCUGCUAAAGAAAGACGCCCCCCUGAGUCCUUCUUCUAUCGCCUCCUCCAGCAGCACACCUUCAUCCAAGUCCAAAGAGAUUAAUUUGAAUGAAAAAUCUACAACCCCCGUGCCUAAGUCCAGCACCCCAACAUCCCGCUCUGAGGCUCCCACACCCAGCAGCACCUCCACCCCUGGCCUGAGGCCUGCACCGAGUAAACCCACAGGAGUCGAGCUGUUGGCUUCUAGUCUCCGGACGCCUCUCGCAGUACCCUGCUCGUACCCCGGACCGUUCGGAAUGGUUCCUCACCCCGGCAUGAACGGAGAGCUGAGUGGAGCGAGCGCCGCCUACUCCGGCCUCCACAACAUCUCCCCACAGAUGAGCGCAGUGGCCGCUGCUGCCGUGGCGGCAUAUGGACGCACGCAAGUGGUGGGAUUUGAUCCUCACCAUCACAUCCGUGUCCCAGGGCUUCCUCCCAACCUGUCAGGAAUUCCUGGUGGAAAACCAGCUUAUUCCUUUCAUGUGAGCGCUGAUGGACAAAUGCAGCCUGUGCCUUUUCCUCCAGAUGCUUUGAUCGGCCCUGGCAUCCCACGGCAUGCACGACAGAUCAAUACUCUCAGCCAUGGAGAGGUGGUGUGUGCUGUCACCAUCAGUAACCCGACUCGUCAUGUCUAUACUGGGGGCAAAGGCUGUGUGAAGGUGUGGGAUAUCAGUCAUCCGGGUAACAAGACCCCUGUUUCCCAGCUGGACUGCCUUAACAGGGAUAACUACAUUCGCUCGUGUCGCCUGCUUCCGGAUGGACGAACGCUAAUUGUAGGGGGCGAGGCGAGCACUUUGUCAAUAUGGGAUUUGGCUACACCAACUCCUCGUAUCAAAGCAGAGCUGACUUCAUCCGCACCAGCGUGUUAUGCUUUGGCCAUCAGCCCUGACUCCAAGGUCUGCUUUUCCUGCUGCUCUGAUGGAAACAUAGCUGUCUGGGAUCUUCACAACCAGACUUUGGUUCGGCAGUUUCAGGGUCAUACAGAUGGAGCCAGUUGUAUAGACAUCUCUAAUGACGGAACUAAACUUUGGACUGGAGGUCUGGAUAACACUGUUCGGUCCUGGGAUCUGAGAGAGGGACGGCAGCUGCAACAACACGACUUUACUUCCCAGAUCUUCUCUCUGGGUUACUGUCCGACAGGCGAGUGGCUGGCUGUGGGGAUGGAGAACAGUAAUGUAGAGGUCCUGCACGUCACCAAACCUGACAAGUACCAACUCCAUCUACAUGAAAGCUGCGUGCUCUCACUAAGAUUUGCUCACUGUGGGAAGUGGUUUGUGAGCACAGGAAAAGACAAUCUACUCAAUGCAUGGAGAACUCCAUAUGGAGCCAGCAUUUUCCAGUCAAAGGAGUCAUCCUCUGUGCUGAGCUGUGACAUCUCCAUAGAUGAUAAAUACAUUGUGACGGGCUCAGGAGACAAAAAAGCAACAGUCUACGAGGUCAUCUAUUAGGAAAGCUGGACUUAAAGGUCAUCCUUGCAUCUGGACGUAAAGUCACCGUCAUCAGUAUAAAAAAUGUAUCCAAACAAACACAAAUAUGUUCUGGGACCAUGACACUUUGACCUUCUGAUUCUGUUUGGUCGAGAAUCAAAAUACACAAAGCACACAGAUUUUUUAUCUUCCUUUUAUUUUCAAGUGCCGUACUGCUGGUGUAAGUAUAAAAGAAUGUCCAUGUACACUAAGUCUGAAUUGGCUAGACAGCAUUCCUUUAUAUGACAUUUAACACAAGUAUCUCUUAUAUUUGAUUGUUUACAUCAUUUAGACAUAUCCAGCUUUAAGCUUAGGUGUUCUGAAUGGCACAUCUUUUAUAACAAGUUUUUAAUGUCAUUUCAGCAUAGUUUCUCUGCCUGAUUACGUCUCAGAGUUGACAUUAUGCCUUCGAAGGGUUCAUGACAGAGAGGGGUCGUAAAUAUGCACAUGCAAAUUUGUUUUCAAGCAAUUGCAGACACUGACCAAUUUUUGAGCUCUUCUAGUAAAGAUGUGUAAAAAUCCUUUAAAUGGUUAAAUCUUUUAUUGAGUGCAUUUAAAAAUAAAACACAGAAAAUUCCUCAUUAAAUUUAGUCAAUGGAGAAAAUUUCUUUAAAAAAAUAAUUGUUUUCAAAUUAUUUUUAAAACCACUAGUGGCACCAGGUUCCCCUCAAAGUUCUUUUGUGCCUAUUGUUAAGCAUGAUGAAGGAACUGUGAACCUGAGGAGGCAUUUCUCUUUCAAAUAUGCUAGAAACCUAAUUACAGCUGUUGAAUAUUUGACUCUUUGACUAUACAUGGACAUUUUAAAUUAAAAUCCAAUGAUGAUAGAAGAAGUGCGUCAUGACUAGGUCAUUCAGGCUAAUAUUAAUCCAAAACAUUAUAAUUGUUCACUCAGCUAAAUUCAGCCUGCUUCUGUGACUUAAAUCUUAUAGAAAACAUGUGGAGUAAACAGAAGAGCAGAGAGUGGGAGACAGGGCCAAGGACUCUGAUCUGAAGAGAUUGUCCUGUUGCCUAAAGUAGAUUGUAGAAAGUACUGACAGUAGGGGCAUCAACAUUUAUGGGUUUGUUGGCGACAAAUACACAGAUUAAAGGUUGAUGUCUUUUCUUUGCAAAGUUAUGUUACUGUAAUAAAAGAUUAGUUUAUUUUAAAGGAGUUUUCACAUUUUUACUAUUGGUGCCAGCAAUGUGUCUGUAUGUAAGGGGCUUUUUGAAAGACAAAAGGAUUUUAAUAACAUGGGCUUCAAAGGCAAUAUGUUCAUAUUUAUUAUGUUGAUGCAUUUUGUUCCCUUCACUUGUAACUUUUAAACUUUUACAUGUUUUCUUAAAUAUUUCUCAGAAAAGCCUUCCACAUGUCAGAAACACCAACAGUUAAUUUCAUUACAGUUGCAUGUUGAGGGGUGCUUGUUGUGGAAGCCAUCUCAGAAAGUUCCUUUAAUAUCUCGGAGCUCCUGAAAGGACUGACAAAGAGAGGCGACAUGCUGAACAAUAGGGGAGCUGACCUUCAAGGAGUACUUUGAGAGGACACGCUAAAUAAACACACUAAUAAAAAGGAAAAAAGAAAUCAUCAUAGCCUAAGGACUUGUAUUCUAAAGACUAGUUUGCCUAAUCCAAAAACAAGAUGUCUACUGUACAGAGGUGUGUGAUGUAUUUAAACUGUAUUAUCUGCACUCAUUAAACAAACACGUAAAAAAAAAUAAUUCAAAUGUGCUGAAAGAUUUCUUUUUGUAUUUGAACAGAAAAGGCUUACUAUUUUCUGUUUUCUAUUGUUUAAGAUGCAGGUUAUUACCCUCAGUAUUUUCUACCAGUAUUCCUGCUUAUUUUUUCCGCCUUUUCCUGUAUUUCAGCUUGAGGCUGGAAGUUCAUACACACAUGUGUGUGUUUUGUGUCUAUGUUUUGAUCUUGUGGGCGCUUUAUGAGCAAACUGCAGAGACAGCCAUCAGUGUCCUCACUCCUGACUGACCAUUGCACUUGGUUCUGUCUCCCAGUUUAGACUCCGGUGAAUGCUUUUUCACUCUCCUCUGAUAGUUUUUCUGUAAAACUGAUAUAUUGGUGUUUUGAAGGUCAGCUUUCUCAUUUUUUAGUUUGGUUUUCUGGUUGUGGACUUUUUUUUUUUUUCUACCUAUAAAAAAAGAACAAAAGUAGUCGUGAUCUGACAGGAUUAACUUUGAUUUAGUUCUGUUAGCUACUUGUAAAAAUAAAAAGACAGAAAAAACAUAGUGCCUUUAUGCUUCUAUGCUUCUUGAAUUUCCUUUCCACUCUCCUGCUUGUUCAAUUGUAAAACAAAUGUAACUUUGUUUUCCAAAUGUCAUUAUAAUAAUUAAUUUAACUAACUACAGUAGCCACAGUCUCAGAAGAUACAUAGAGGUAAAACUUGUAUGCUCACAGUCAGACAUUAUCAAUCCAAUUCUGAUUAAUCUUGUCAAAUUUGAGAAUUUUUAAAACAUUUCAAAUGUUCAUCAUAGAUUUAAGUGGCAGCAUACAAAUCUUACAAAUCUUAUCAAAACAUUGCAGAUCAGUAUGUACACAAGUGUCUGAGGUAAAAUAUAAAAUUGAUGAAUAUGGUCCAAAACUACAAUUUGAUCCAUGCAUCUCUCUUUUGUUCUCCGAAAAAAUCCCACUGUAUGUAAUCCUUUAAAGCUGCAUUAUGUAGCUUUAAUUAAGAAAAAAUGUCUUUUACAUAUUUGCUAAAGCUAACACUAUGUCGUGACAGUAUGGUAUGAGACAGAUAAUCUGUGAAGAAAUCAAGCUCCUCUGCCUUCUCCCACUGUAACUAUUGCCACAUGUAUGCUCAGCCCCUGGUCAGAAACAGCCAAUCAGAGCCAGGAGGAAAAUCUUAGUGCUGUAAAUUCUACCUAUUUACGUGCAACUACAUGUGCCAAUGGGAGAUAAACAAUUUACCUUUACAGCAAAACUCGUUUAUUUACCGUCAUCGCUGUUAUACUUAAUUUAAGUAGUCUGAUGGAAGACUCUGCUGAUGGGGAGAAGUCGUAGUGUAGCAGAGAGCAAGGGGAGGGCAUGGGCAGCAUGCACACAGGCUUGAUUGACAGUGCUAAGACCCUCAUUUUCUUCUGAUUGGUUCAAGCGGUGUAUUUCUGCAAUUAGCACUGGAAGCUUGAUUAAUUUCACAAAUUAUCAGUCUCAUCUCAUACUGUCAUGACAUGGUGAGACAGUUUUAACAAAAUGUAAAAAGAAAUUUUACAGAAAUUAUUAGAGUAGGGUAUUUAUACCCAUGAAAGAAGUAUGUAAACUUUAAGAGCUGUGCAUGGAAUCUGUUUGUUUAAGAUUUGAUCAUUUCUUGCAAUACAAAGAAGAAAAAGGUUUUCUUUUACUAACAGAAAAGAGGGAAGUCAUGUCAUAAUUAUUUACUCUUUUUACUGCCGAUACCUCAGUAGAAUUAAAAAGCUUAAGUUUAAUAUUCUAACCAAUAUUUUGUACCACUUCUGCCUACUGUCUUACAUACAGACCAAUAUAUAUUUAUUCAUUUUUGUGAGUAUAAUUUGUGACUUUGUGUUAUGCAGUUUCUUUCAGUACUUGAAAUGGCGAAACUUUUAAAUUUAAAGCAAAAUUAUUCAAGUUGCUGUCAUUGAAUGCUCUGCUGUUCAUCAAAUGUAUUGAUUCUCUUCUGCUUUCAUCCAGAAAACCUGAAAUGUGUUUUUGUUGUGCUCAAUGUAAAAAUCCAAACCUGAAUGUUACCUUUCUCUAAAUGCUACAUGAGCUACACAACAUCAAAUACUCAUUAUGUACCAUAAAUUAAUGAUGUACAGAACACUUGACUGAGCUCAUGAAAGUGUUACAACUUGACUGUAAAAAUGUAAUUAUUUAAAAGAAUCCUGUCACCAGUUGAUCUUUUAUUCUUUCAGUGUAAAAUGCCUUCACUCUCUUUUCUAGUCUGUGAUUGGUUUUAUUAAAUUAUU